UGCUGCUGCCCUACAGACAGCCAUGUGCUCCGUCCUACAGAUCGCAGUGUUGACCCUUGUUUUCUGCUCAGUCCGCAGCUUUACCAUACAGGCUUCACGAGAGAAGAGUGAUGAAGCCUCUGGUAACACCAUCGAUGAUGAUGAGUUCUCAGUCUCAGCGCUGAUUGAGAAGGCCAACGCUAAUAUUGGUAAGGAUGAAAACGACCCCAGGUUGAUGUUUGGAGACAUUGUGGUGCACACCGGCCUUCGAAACGCUGAUCCCUGCACAGCCAGAGACUGCCUGUGGCCCAAAUCGUCUGAUGGCAACGUCUACGUGCCGUACCGCAUCUCCAACGAGUACUCCCAAAGGGAGAGAGCCAUCAUCAUAGAGGGCCUGCGGUCGUUUUCCCGCUCCACCUGCAUCCGCUUCAUCCCUUGGGAGAAUCAGACGGACUUUGUGGACAUCCAGUCCGAUAGGGGGUGUUACUCGUACGUCGGGCGUAUUGGCGGUGGCCAGGUAUUGUCUCUGCAACGCUCUGGCUGUGUUUACCAUCAUGUCAUCCAGCACGAGCUCCUCCACGCUCUGGGCUUCAACCACGAGCAGACCCGCUCCGACCGGGACGAGCACGUUCGCAUCGCGUGGGAGAACAUCAUGUGUGGACAAGAGCACAAUUUCGAGAAGGUUCAAGAGAGCAGGAACCUCGACACUCGAUAUGACUACGGCUCUGUGAUGCACUAUGGAAGGUAUUCCUUCUCUAGAAACAGAGAGCCCACCAUCGUGCCAAUCCCUGACCCAGACGUAUGCAUCGGCACGGCCAGGCAGAUGAGCCCUAUUGACAUCCUGAGGGUGAACCGCCUCUACGACUGCAGGAGAGCUGACUGAAUAAUCAAGAAGAAAUGAAGCAGUCUGCAGCUUUUUGUUUUUAACCAGCAAUUUAACCUCUGUGCUUGUGCUGUAAU